GUGGUGGUGGUGCGGUACAACAGCAUGAUUGUUCCCUUCUUCUUCAGCUUCUCCUUCAGUCGUGGAUUGGAGUUGAGAGGCAGGAUAGCGCACAUAUUUCGCAGCAUCAGUAGCAGAGUGGCUGCAGUCCAGUUGAAGGAAGGACAGAGAAGGAGUUUGGAAAGUAAACAUCACUCAGCUUGACUCAUGCUCACAAAGAUCUUUUUCUCUUCAUCAAUCUUCACACUCGGGUGAAGACAGAAGUAGAGGUUUGGAUGCAGGUUGUAUGUUGGCUGCUGUGCCUUGGCACGGUGGGGGCACUUGCUGUGCUGCAGAAGGACCAGGUGGCCCAGCACGCCAUCAAGCUUUAUCGGAGCAAGGGGGCCACACACGGCCACAGCUGGGUGACCAGCAACUGCAAGCGGCUGGUGGGGCUCCUGCGUCAGAAGAAUGUGGUUGUCAGGAAGCUGGCAGCCGCUGCUGAUGCUGUCAGACGAGACAGGGCCCUUUCAGAACCAGAGAGGCUCUUCCAGGUUCACACUCUGGAGGUUUUCCAGAAGGAGCUGAAUGAGAGCGAGCACUUGGUGUUCCAGGCAGUGCACAGCCUGCAGAGGGCGCUGCAGGGAGACUACAGGGAUGUGGUCAACAUGAAGGAGAGCAGCAGACAGAGGCUGGAGGCCCUCAGGGAGGCAGCCAUAAAGGAGGAACAGGAGUAUGUGGAGCUGGUGGCUGCUGAGAAGCACCAGCAGGAAGCUAUUAAGAGCGCUUUAGCCCAGAAUAAGACUCUGUCCAUGCUGGAUGAGAUCCUGGAGGACGUCAGGAAGGCAGCAGACCGGCUGGAAGAGGAGAUUGAGGAGCACGCCUUUGACAACAACAAACAGAUGAAAGGAGUAAAUGUAGAGGCAGUGUUGAGAGUGGAGGAUGACGAGGAGAACGGAGGCAAGAGGAAGAAUAAGUCCAAGCAGAAGGAAGUGGAGGAUGACCUGGGACUGAGCAUGCUCAUCGACUCGCAAAACAACCAGUAUGUCCUGACCAAACCACGAGACUCCACGAUGCCAAGAGCCGACCAUCACUUCAUCAAGGACUUGGUGUCGGUGGUGAUGUUGUCGCUGCCCUGUGGUUGGAUUUGCAGUCUGGUCGGUCUUCCUCCCAUGUUUGGAUAUAUUAUUUGUGGGGUCCUGCUCGGUCCCUCUGGCCUCAACAGCAUCAAGUCUAUGGUCCAGGUGGAGACUCUGGGGGAGUUGGGUGUGUUCUUCACUCUCUUUGUGGUGGGAUUGGAGUUCUCACCUGAGCGACUUCGAAAGGUAUGGAAGACAUCAGUCCAGGGCUCGUGCUACCUCAGUCUGUUGAUGGUGGGGGCCGGUUUGGUGUGGGGACAAGUCCUGCAUAUUCGACCCACCCAGACUGUCUUCGUUUCCACUUGCCUCUCUCUGUCCAGCACUCCACUCGUGUCCCGCUUCCUGGCAGGUGGGAGCAGAGGGGACAAAGAAGGUGAUCUGGACUACAGCAGCGUUCUCCUCGGGAUGUUAGUGAUGCAGGAUGUUCAGCUCGGUCUCUUCGUUGCCGUCAUGCCGACUCUGAUCCAGGCACAGAGUGGAGACUUGGACAGCUUCCUGUUUGGAAGUCUUCGCGUGUUUUACCUCCUGGCCCAGGUCCUGGUCUCUCUGGCUGCCGUGCUGCUUCUGUGUUUGUUACUCAAAGCGUUCCUGAUUGGCCCAUAUUACAAGAAACUUCACGCUGAGAGCAAAGGCAACAAGGAGAUCCUGGUGCUGGGGAUGGCAGCUUUUGUCUUUUUCAUGCUGACGGUGACAGAGUUUUUUGAUGUUUCUAUGGAGCUGGGUUGUUUCCUGGCUGGAGCUCUGCUGUCCACACAGGGUCACAUGGUUACCACGGAGGUCAUGGGAUGCAUUGAGCCGAUCAGAGAUUUCCUCGCCAUCAUCUUCUUUGCCUCUAUUGGUCUCCACGUGUUCCCAACAUUUGUGCUGUAUGAACUCACCAUUCUGCUGGUGCUAACACUCACACUCGUCAUUAUGAAGUUCAUGAUGGCCGUACUGGUGCUGUCGGCCAUCUUGCCUCCAGGCUCUCGACACAUUCGGUGGAUUGUCUCAGCCGGUCUGGCUCAGGUCAGCGAAUUCUCCUUCGUCCUGAGCAGCCGUGCACGUCGUGCUGGCAUCAUCUCCAGAGAGGUCAGUGGUGUGUGUGUGUGUAACUUUGCUCAUGUUGUGGAAGCUGUGAAGAAAGUGGCUGAAUUUGAUGAGGAGAAAGGCGAGGGCGAGGUAGCAAAAAUGCCUCUCAAAGCUUUCACCGUAAGAGACACCUCUUCAAUUCAUCCAGAUGUUGAAAUUGGAUUAACUGACCUAGAGAAGAAGCUCUGCAGGCACUUUAAGCGCAUAGAGAUCCAGGGAAAACGUCAAAGAAAGGUCCCUAUCAUCCUCACGCCAAAUAUGCUCUCAUCCAUGGAGGCUCUAGUUGAGAAUCGCAUACAAUGUGGAGUUCCAAAUGAAAACCACUUCCUGUUUGCAAGGCCUGAAGCACGAACACAUCUUAGAGGAUCAGAUGCCAUCCGACAACUUGCACGCAAGUGUGGGGCCAAGCAUCCAGAGGCCCUGUCAUCCACUAAAUUGAGGAAACAUGUGGCGACCAUGUCAAAAGUCCUAAACUUGCGGGAUAAUGAAAUGGAUGACCUUGCCGACUUUCUUGGCCACGACAUUAGAGUACACAGACAGUUCUACAGGCUUCCCGAGGGUACAUUACAGCUCGCAAAGAUCAGCAAAGUCCUUGUGGCCCUUGAGCGAGGACAAAUCUCAGAGUUCAGAGGCAGGACCCUUGACGAGAUCAGCAUUGACCCAAAUGAGGAAAUGGCUGGGGACAGUAAUCUAUCUGAGAAUGAGGAGUGUGAAAUGACCCCGUUGCUUUUAACAGUGUGUCCCGUGAGUAAGACUGCAACAAAAAAAAGACCAGAUAACAAGAAGCCAGUGGGUGAAGACAAAUCUCCAGGUGAAUCCCAGAUCACCAAAGGUUCAUCAAAAAUGGCGAGAAGGAAGUGGAGCACAGAGGAGGUCCAGGCUGUGGAGAGCAAUCUCAUGGACAACAUCAACUCUGGCAGGGUUCCUGGCAAAGCCCAGUGUGAAGCAUGUAUCAAGGCAUCUUCAGACGCGUUUAUGGGAAGGAGCUGGCAGGCAGUUAAGUUCUAUUAUUUUACAUUCUGUCUGAGUCGUUUUGGCUGGAGCAGUCGGAGGACAGAGGAGACUCUUCAGCCUGUGAUCAAGCAGCUCAACACCCAGCAGACUCAGCUGCGGAUCGACUCGUUCUUUCGCAUGGAGCAACAGGAAAAGCAGACGAUCCGCAGCCAGCGACUCCGCCGAGCCGUCACCUGCUUAAAGAGAAAGGAGAGAGAAGAAGGAGAGGAGGAGGAAGAGGAGGAGGACGGCAGUGAGGAGGAGAUGCCAUCCCCAUCCAAAUCUAAGAAAGGGAAGGAAGCAAACUGGAGUCUGAAGAAAGGAGGAGGAGGCGAGAGAGAAGAAGAGAGGACUGUGGCAGGAGGAGGGUUUCUGGGGUCGGAGGGGAUUGUCAAAUCUCCUCUGAAGGAGGUCAGCAGCACCAGCCAGGAGUCCCUCUCAGGGAAGGCCGUCCCUCAGUCUGCUAAGACCGUACCUCAGAGGGCCAGGAGGAGCAGCAGCAGCAGCUCGGGGGAGGACAGCGAUGGUGGCGGUGAAGUUGCUAUGGUUACAGCCCGAUCUGUGUUCGAAGGGAGCCGACGAGGCCGCGGAGCGAGAAGCACGAGAGGGAGGGGAAGCACAAGGGGGAAGGGAAGAGCGAAGAAGUUGUGAGGGGUGGGGGGGGACUCAACAUAACAUUUACAGAAAUUGUCCAAGCAAUUCUGAUAUUGAGUGUGAAACACAAUGCCACACACUCCCAAAUAAUGUCUGUGAAUUUAUAUUUGAUAUUUGUAUAAGGUAAAUAUGAAUAUGAAUCAUGAACGGUGAUGAAUUGAGCUUUUUCUGUAUUCUUUCAGAAUAUGUGUUUUGUAAACUAUUGAGACGUACUGUAUAUCUGUGAGAGGAUUGGCAAUAUGUUGCAUUACAUCUUUGAGGUACAUUGUUUGUAGUUGAAGUCUUUCCAAAGUUUGGCUCAGGCUUGUUAUUUGUUGUGCUAAUGUGUAACUGUAAGACUUUAAGACAGGUGCAUGUCUUCAGCACCCCACAUCCCUUGCAUUUCUUUCAGGCAGUAUUUCAGUUGCCUUCUGCCUGCCCCCCCCCGCCCCCCUCCCUCUGCCUUAGACCCACACCAUUGAGGCUUUUGCACAUGUGAAAAAAAAUUCUAGCGUGUCUGAAUAAAUACAUGACAUUUCUAUAACUUGCA